GGUAUAUAAGAGGACAGGUAGGACCCUGAUACUUGUUUCUUCGUUCGAGUCUCAAAUCUCAUGUUAGCAUUGGUUAAACAUCAUGCAUCUCCGGAACUCGUUGUUCGUACUUGGUGCAACCAUCGUCGACGCACUUGAACCCCCUCAAACGCCUCUAUUUCUGACUAAUCAGAAAUUGGUCCCCUCAGGAGUGCAGAAUACGAUAUGCAGAGAGGCCUUCAAGUUUCCUGAAAAAUGGCCGGGUCUUAAAUCUUCCUCUCUCGAGGUAGACGGUGACGUCGACAUUGUGACGGGAAGCCAAUUCAGGGGGUUGGCGACAUAUGCGAAUCUACCCUAUCUCAAUUGUCUAUCAGAUAACGAAACCGAGGGAAAUCCAUAUGACAUCGCGAUUCUAGGCGCGCCUUUUGAUACUGGGGUUACAGCUAGACCGGGAGCACGUUACGGUCCAAAGGGGAUCAGAAUUGGAAGUCAGAGGAGAUCGGCAGGCUUUUCUUGGAGCGUAUAUACUGGGCGAAAUCCUCUCAAAUCAUGGGCAAAAGUCGUGGAUUGUGGCGACGUUCCGCUAACUUGGCUAGAUAACAAUGUUGCUCUAGCACAGUUAGACAAAGCCCACACCGUUGUCUCGGGGAGGACAGCUUCUAAUGAGACGUACUCGUCUCACCCAAGAAUAUUAACGCUGGGAGGCGACCAUACUACGACUCUGUCGGCGCUGAGAUCAACAUACAACCAUUGGGGGGCAGUCUCCGUAAUUCACUUUGAUAGUCAUAUCGAUACUUGGGAUCCUGCGCUGAUAGGGGGUGGGAUUUCGGAUUAUGCGGGCUUAAACCAUGGAACUUUCCUUCAUAUCGCACAUGAGGAGGGCCUCAUUCGCUCAAACUCGAUCCACGCCGGAAUCCGAGCACCGCUUAAACGCAAGAAGGGCGACAUGAGAAACGACGUGCGCUGCGGUUUCGAGACAAUAAAAGCCCGUGAUAUAGACAAACUCGGCACUGCAGGAAUAAUCUCCGAAAUCAAAAAGCGAGUUGGCGAUUCAAAAGUUUACAUCAGCGUGGAUAUCGAUGUUCUCGACCCGGCGUUUGCCCCCGCGACGGGAACACCCGAACCAGGCGGUUGGUCGUCGAGAGAGCUUCUCACAAUCCUCGAUGGUCUGAACGGUCUGAACAUAAUUGGCGGUGAUGUAGUCGAGGUGGCUCCGGUUUACGAUACGAAAGGAGAGACAACAGUUCUUGCUGCAGCCGAAGUUGCCUUUUCGCUGAUUGAACUGAUGGUUGAAAAUCCGGUAACCCAGUAACUCUGUACGUCACGUUAUCGCAGUCAUACGUGUCAAGAUAUGUACCAACCAAGCAAAUAAUC